AUGGGAGUGUAUCGACGGGGAUUCUUCUGCGAUGACGAAACAAUCAUGUAUCCAAUGAAGCCGGAGACGGUGAACCUUGUCGCCCUAUUGCUGAUUGCUUUCGUUCCACAGCUCAUUGUCAUCAUAGUCACAGAGUCAUUCAGGCUCUAUCGUUUUGAAAAUGAAUACUUGUCCAAGGUUGAAUGUGGAAGAUCGAAGCCGGUUAGAUUACUGUCUAGAGUGCUCAAGUUUUACGGUUAGUAUUCAUAAAGUUUUUCGGUUUACCUUUACAUACAUAUCUUACCUGGUUUCUUCCAGGCUAUUCCCUUCUAAUUCUGGUCAUAUGCUCCUUUCUAACGGCGGUUACAAAGAACGCUGUGGGGCGAUUGCGUCCCAACUUCUUGGACGUGUGUCAACCCACAAUUGACUGGAGGCACAACUGCACCACUCAUGAGUAUCUUACGGAUUACGAAUGCACCGCGAAGAGGUCUGAUUGGCAAAUGAAAGACGCGCGCUUAUCAUUCUUCAGCGGCCAUUCUUCAAUGUCCAUGAGCAUGGGAAUGUUUAUCGUGGUAAGUGUGCCAGCUAUAUAGUUUUUUGGAAAGUGGCCGGGCUAAAAUCGUGAACUAUACAGUGAGGAAGAAACUUCAAUUUUCAGUGUGAAAAUUCUUGCUUUUUUCCCCGUGCAAUAGGUUGAGAGGGCUGUCUAAAAUUCCACCUUUUAUUGCACAUCGCAAAAUCCAAAGUCAAAGUCUACUUUCUGAACUGAGAAUUGGUCUAUCGGGAAAAUAAUGAGCAUACUUUACUCCGGCUACGAACAUUGGCCGAAGUAAAAUCGCAUAGAAAGGAUCAGCAAGAGCUGUACUUUCGAACAUCUCUCCAAGAAGAGAGUCCAUCAGUCUGUCGGGAAAAUAAUGAGCAUUCUAUUGCAUCGAAAACUGUAUCACCGCCGAGAAAAUAAAUUAUGUUGCGGCGAAAGCUUUCUUUUGAUUUCUGCAACGCGAUCGGCGCCGCUACAUUUCCUUCAUAAUUUUUCCGGCAAACUUAAAGGGUCUUGUGUACAAGAGCACCUUACACCCGCCGCUGUAACAUUGGCGAGCGCCGUGGCUCUCAUCUUUUUCGUUCACUAAAGAAGCCCCUUGAAAUCGGCAUUCCCUUCGGGUUGAAUACAUAAUUGUCAUUAUUUAGGUUUACCUUCAAUCCAGAGCCGCUGGAGAGUGCUGGUUGAACACCUUGAUCCCAGUGAUUCAAUCCCUCGCCUUCUGCGGAGCUAUCUACGUUGGGCUGACCAGAAUCUUUGACCACAAACAUCACUGGUCUGAUGUGCUGACCGGCCUCACCGUUGGAAUGGUGAUUGUCAUUCUUGUUGUAAGUUUAAAAGGAUGUAAGCCAUUUUGAGGCUUAUUUUACCUGCAAUAGCCUCUUUAAUGGCGUUUUAUUUGCCCUGUCGCUUAAUGAUUAGCGUAUAUAUUACACUUUUUUUAGUGGAAGUUUGUCGCCGGUUACGACCUUGCACCGAUAAAACAACGAAGCCGCAAAGUUCUUUGUAAUAACGAAGAGUUGGAAAUGAAAGAAGCUGUUGUGAACGGCAAUGGAAGAGCUUAUCUUAACGGAUCGUUCGAGAGGACGGGCUCAAAUCAGCGGCUAUAA